UUUAUUUUCUAUAAAAUUCCUGCACAUGUCAUAACAGCUGUUUGCUACAACUCCCUCUAUCGUUAAUUUAUAUACUUGAAAGAAAAAAGCAACAGUGCCAUCUGACAUUACUUUAUAAUUUUGACAGUACACACGUCAACAAAACACUGAUUUAUCUUUUUUGUGUGUGCAAAAUUCGUGUGACUGUGCGCUUGGUUUAGUAAAGAAAAAAAUUUAACAAAUAAAAUUAUGAAAUUUAGGAGAAAAAAUUUUUGAAAAGUGCACAGUGCUAACAAACCAAUAAAAUAAAUACUUGUUUAUUAUAACACUUCGCGCACAUUCUUUAAAAUUUUAAUGAAUUCAUAUUUAACUACUAAUGCACGUCAGCUUCAAUUGCAGUUGGAUUUGUGGAAAACAUCACUUGCUUACGUGCUUUUGAUAUACCUUUGAUAUUUGCAUUUAAAAAAAGUUACAACUUCUAUUACUAAUUUCAAAAAGUUACAACACAAAUUAAUUUCAAUUUAUAACAAAAGAUGGCAAGUCCAAGAACACGACGCGUAUUGCAGGAACUUAAACCACAAGAUGAUAAUUCAAAAUGCUUCGAAUGUGGUACACACAAUCCUCAAUGGGUAUCCGUUACUUAUGGCAUAUGGAUUUGUUUAGAGUGCUCUGGAAAACAUCGUGGCCUUGGUGUGCACAUUUCGUUUGUACGUUCGGUCACAAUGGACAAAUGGAAAGAUAUUGAAUUGGAAAAAAUGAGAGUGGGUGGAAAUCGUAAUGCACAUGAAUUCUUAGAGGAUCAACCCGAUUGGAAUGAACGUGCACCAUUUGCACAAAAAUACAAUUCAAAAGCUGCAGCUCUAUAUCGCGAUAAAAUCAAUACACUAGCACAAGGUAAAUCCUGGGAUUUAAGUGAAGCGCAAAGACGUAUUUCGAACAGUAACAAUUCCAACUACAGUAGCAGUAGUAGUAGUAAUUUGGGUGGCAGCAGAUCAACUUCAGCACAACAAUAUAAUAGCAACAGCAGCAGUAAUAAUGGUUAUCAGAAUGGAGUUGGCAACUACACCGACAACAAUUAUCAACAAUACAAUACACCAGAAUUUAAGGAUCAGAAAGAGGAAUUCUUUACACGUCGACAAGCAGAAAAUGCCACACGUCCAGAUCAUUUGCCGCCCAAUCAAGGUGGUAAAUAUGCAGGAUUUGGUUUCACAAGAGAUCCACCACCGAAAACCCAAUCACAAGAAAUUCUUGACUCCACACUAUCGUCACUGGCAUCUGGUUGGAGUCUCUUAUCAGCUAGUGCCUCCAAAAUUGCUGUCACUGCUAAAGAAAAAGCUGUCACCACAGUCAAUUUAGCUUCUUCCAAGAUAAAAGAGGGUGGCUUACUAGAUACUGUACAAACCCAAGUCACUGAAGUGGCUAGUAAGGUUACAGAUAUAAGCAAACGUGGCUGGAACAAUUUAGCUGGCAGUAAUGUAUCAUCACCACAAGGUGGCAACAAUACUGGCUACGGUGAUUUCAAUCAAGAUAAUUCGUAUCAACGUUCACAUUCUGUUACCGAUAAUAUUACCAGUGGUCUAGGCGGACAAAGUGGCGCUAGCGACAAUGACUGGCAUUGGCAAGAUAAUCAAAAUACCAAACAAUUGCCAACGUCUAGUUCUUAUAAUCAAUUCAAUAGUAGCACUGUCCACGAAGAUGAUUGGUCAGGUUUUGAAUCAGCAAAUUAUCAAGAUCCAACCACUUCUUAUCAAAAUACGCCAACCGCAAACAGCAUGAGCGGUCAAACAGCAGCGAUAGCGCGUAAAAAUAUGAAACUACAAAAUACCACACAGAAACUUAGUGAAGGUUUUGAAAAUUUGGAUGUGAAGAAUGUGAAACCGAAAACAGCGAACACCGGAGGAAAACCAACCGCUGAAGAUGAUGCUUGGAAUUUGUUAAUGAAUUAAUUAGAAAAUAUUAUCUGUUGUUUUUUUUUUUAAUUUCAUUUCAAUUUUCAUUUAUGCAUAUUAUCUAUUUUUUAUUAACGACAAACGUUAUAUAUAUAUAUAUGUCUAUAUUUUAUAUGUUUUAAACGAUAUUUUAUAUUUUUAAUGCAUGUUGAUAUUCUAAUGAUUUCAUUGAUGAUUUUAUGUUUAUUUUCAAUACAGUUAAAUUUAAGCAAAUCUAUUUUUUUAAAUGUGUUAAAUCUUUUAAAGAAUAUAUAUUAUAUACAUUUGUGUGAAACCCAUUAACUAUGCAGAUAACUUGAAAGUCCUUAUUUCUACUUAUAUAGCAAAAUUUAAUUUAAAACAAUUUGAAUCUUAUAAAAUAUAUAUUAUUAUGUGUGUAUAAUCUAGAUAUGAAACACAAUUUAGAACGAAUUGAUGAAUAAAUAAAUUGUAAUCGAUUUAAAUGACAGAAACGAAA